ACUUGGCAUUAAGGAUAGACCAACCUGCUUCUCUUACGGAGAACAUCACUACUGAGGAAAAAUUGUGCUUUGAGAAGUGGGAAAGGUCUAAUCGCUUAAGUCUUAUGAUCAUAAAGAAAAGCAUUCCAAAAAUCUUUCGGGGAACGAUAUCUGAUGAUAUCACUCUGGCUAAAGAGUUCCUUGUCGAGAUUGAAAAGCGCUUUAACAAAAGCGAUAAGGCGAAAAUGAGUACUCUUUUAAAGAGUCUCGUUACCAUGAGGUAUCUCGGCAAAGGCAACAUAAGGGAAUACAUCCUCAAGAUGUCCAAUAUUGCUUCUAAGUUGAGGGCACUAAAGUUAGACCUUUCGGAGGACAUGCCUGUCCUAUUGGUCCUGCUCUCUCUUCUUCCUCAAUACGAUCAGUUUAAGGUCAGUUACAACUGUCAAAAGGAGAAAUGGACUCUUAAUGAGCUCAUUUCUCACUGUGUUGAGGAAGAAGAAAGAAUGAAGCAUAAUAGGACUGAGGAGGUACAUAUGGUUGGUACCUCGAAAGAUGCUGGUGGCUUUAAAAGAAAAUUUAAGGCCGUUAAGGUUGAGACUGCUAAGGGUCCAGCUCCAAAGGGUAAACCUGAGGAGAUUUCAUGCUUCUUUUGCAAGAAAUCUGGACAUCUAAAGAAAGAUUGUGCUAAGUACUCCGCCUGGUGCGUGAAAAAAGGUACAUUCUUUAAUUUGGUUUGUUCUGAAGUUAAUUUAGCUUCAGUACCUCGAAACACUUGGUGGUUAGACUCCGGUUCAACUACUAACAUCAGUGUUUCAAUGCAGGGUUGCCUAAGCCACCGAAAACCAACUGAUGCUAAAAGACGCAUUUAUUUUGGAAAUGGUGAAUCGGUGGAUGUGGAAGCUGUGGGCAUAUUUAAAUUAUUAUUAAGUACUGGACAUUUUAUGGAAUUAAAAGACACUUUUGUUAUACCGACUUUUAGACGGAAUUUGGUUUCUGUUUCUUAUUUGGACAAAUCCGGUUAUUAUUGUUCAUUUGGAAACAAUAAAGUUGUAUUGUCUUUUAAUUCUAAUGUGGUUGGUUUUG